GAACGGGUCUGCGUCGCGGUGCCGCUUUGUGGGGGAAUGUUGACUAUGAACGGGUCUGCGUCGCGGUGCCGCUUUGUGGGGGAAUGUUGACUAUGAACAGGUUCCUCGGGCUGAAGGCUGCUGAGGCCUGGGGCGGGCAGGAGAGGCCUAACUUGAGAGGCGAAUGGAGAGAAGAAACCACAAUCCCUUCCGAGGGUGAAACUGUGGAAUAGUAGGCCUCAAAAUAGCCAAGUUAUUGAGGCGGCAGAUGGGAGGCCUCCAAAAAAAAGGGCCAGGCUUAAAAUAGUACCCUGACUAAGGAUUGCUUAUUUUUAGCACCUUGUGAUUUUAUAUAUAUGUAUACAGCACAGCAGGCAUGGGCAAACUUGGACCCUCAAGGUGUUUUGGACUUCAACUCCCACAAUUCCUAACAGCCAGUAGGAACUGUGGGAGUUGAAAUCCAAAACACCUGGAGGGCCAAAGUUUGUUCAUGCCUUAAAUAUAAGCAGUUACCAAGUUGCGAACAAGAUAGGUUCUGUAGGUUAAGUUGAAUUCGUAUGUAAGUCGGAACAGGAACAUUUCAGGAACAUUCUGUUAAUCUUUGUUAAUGACUUAGAUGAAGGGUUAGAAGGCAUGAUCAUAAAGUUUGCAGACAACACCAAAUUGGGAGAGAUAGCCAAUACUCCAGAACACAGGAGCAGAAUUCAAAACGAUCUUAACCGAUUCGAGAUAUGGGCCAAAACUAACAAAAUGAACUUAUAACAGGGACAAAUGCAAGAUACCCCACUUAGGCAGAAAAAAUGAAAUGCAGAGAUAUAGAAUGGAGAACAUCUGGCUCAACAGCAGUACGUGUGAAAAAGACCUCAGAGUCCUUGUGGACAACAAGUUAGUUAAACACGAGCCAACAAUUUGAUGCAGCAGCUAAAAAAGUCAAUGGGAUUUUGGCCUGUAUAAAUAGGAUUAUAGCAGCGGUUCUCAACCUGUGUUUUGGCCUGCAACUCCCAGAAAUCCAAGCCGGUUUACCAGCUGUUAGGAUUUCUGGGAGUUGAAGUCCAAAAACACCUAGGGACCCAGGUUGAGAACCACUGGAGUAUAGUAUCUAGAUCCAGGGAAGUCAUGCAACUCCUUUAUUCUGCCUUGGUCAGGCCACACCUGGAAUACUGUGUUCAAUUCUGGGCACAGCAAUUGAAGGGAGAUGUUGACAAGCUGGAAUGUGUCCAGAGGAGGGCGACUAAAAUGAUAAAGUGUCUAGAGAACAAGCCUUAUGAGAAGCGGCUUAAAGAGUUGGGCAUGUUUAGCCUGCAGAAGAGAAGGAUGAGAGAAGACAUGAUGGUCAUGUAUAAAUAUGUGAGGGGAAGUCAAAGGGAGGAGGAACAAUGGCUUCAAAUUACAGGAAAGGAGAUUCCACCUGACCAUUAGGAAGAACCUCCUCACUGUGAGAGCUGUUCAGCAGUGGAACUCUGCCCCGGAGUGCGGUGGAGGCUCCUUCUUUGGAGGCUUUUAAACAGAGGCUGGAUGGCCAUCUGUUGGGGAUGCUUUGAAUGCAUUUUCCUGCUUCUUGACGGGGGGGUUGGACUGGAUGGCCCAUGAGGUCUCUUCCAACUCUAUGAUUCUAUUCUACGAUUCUGUAAUUUCGUAACUGUAACUCCAGCCAUGUGUGUGUGUGUUUGUAUACAUAUAUAUGUAUUAAAAAGCUUUGAAUAGCAUAUGGAAGGGUUAACACCCCUGUGGUGUUUGUUUUGUUGUCUGUGCCCCUGUUCAGAAGAUUUUCACUUCACUUUCUGUCCCUGUGAUAGCUGGAUUUUGAAAAAAAUUGGCUUGUUGUUGAAACAAGGAUUGGUAUUAAAGCCUCAGUAGAGACCCACUUUUCCCCAUGAUAACUCUUCCAGGUGUGAAUUUCCUUUCUGAGGGGAAGACCUUUAUCAGUUCCUGUUUUCUCACCCCCUUAGUAAAUGGGAUGUAACUAGUUUUAAAAAGGCUUUAGGCCAUGAAUCCAUAGCCCUGAGCCAUGGCUGAUAAAGUGGUGUCAAACUGCAUUUAUUUAUUUACCAUAUUUAUACCCCACCCUUCUCACCUCAAAGGGGACUUAGAGCGGCAUUACAUGUAGGCAACAAUUCAAUGCCAUAGAAACAACAUACAAUUAAAAUAAACAUUUACAUUAAAACCAAAGAAUUAAAACAUCUAAGCAUUACACCAAUUAUUAAAAUCACGCAGUCCAAGAUCGUAAUCCGAAGCCAUUUCAGUUGUCAUUGCAUAUAUUCCAUAUCAUUUAUUGCACUACAAUUACUUUCCGAAGACUUGGUCCCAUAGCCAUGUUUUUACUUUCUUUCUGAAGACCAGGAGGGAGGGGGCUGAUCUAAUAUCACUAUAGAGGGAGUUCUACAGCUGAGGGGCCACCACUGAGAAGGCUCUGUCUCAUCCCCAUCAACCGUGCCUGCGAAGGAGAUGGGACUGAGAGCAGGCCUCUUCAGAAGAUCUUAAGUUCUGAGAUGUUUCAUAGAGGGAAGAUGCUUCACGCUGCCCGUAGGCCAAGAUACUUUGAUAAUCAGGAUGCAUCAGCAAUCGAUUCAUCUUCUAAAAGGAUGAAAUCAUCUGAGGAGCCAUGUGGUAAAUCCUAUGAAGGUCUGCAAAUGCUUCACGAGGAAAUACAUGUUAAAAAAACCCAUAGUGGGUUUAUUCCAUUGUCCCUAUCUGAUGAUGAGGCACAAGAAGAAAAAGAAACUAUGGACAUCUUAUUUAACAAGACAUUUUCUGAUAACAAAACAGUGUCUUCAAAGCCUUUGGAGUCAAUAAAAAAUACUGAGGUUACCGGUAAUAAAUUUGGCAUUUCUAACAAUGCUAGUGCGAUUCAUAGCAGAGAAAGCAUUGAUUUCAUUAGAAAACAUAAGAACGAAGGAGAGACUGAACUGUAUAGCACAAGCACAGCAUUUAUUGGACCCAUUUAUAAAAGUGAAGAUGGUCACCAACAUGAUAAAAGGGGAAAGCAUACUAAUAGCAACUGCCAAAAAGUAUCAGGAGCUUUGAGCGAUGGACAUUAUAAUAAAGAAAUGACAUCAAAAUAUGUUCCCUUCUGCGAUGCACCAAAAAUAGAAGAUGAGUUGUCCCAAUUCUAUAGUGAAAUUGAUCAGCUUGAAAGUAAUGACAAUUGCUUAGAUAGUCAUGUACAGGCGACAGUAACAAACGUAGAUGUACAACCAGCAGAAUAUAAUAAAUCUAUCCAAGUUGUUUGUGCAAACGCUCGAGAAUGGUCUUGUAGAACAUCACCUAAUUGGGGUGAUGGUCAGUGUUUUUAUAAAGAGCCAAGUGGUUAUGCAACAGGCAGUGAACCAUAUCCUUACAAUAACCACACUGGUAGCAGAAAUAGCAGUGGACAGUGUUGUAAUAAUAAAAGAGAUGUAUGUGAAACAGAACAAUUAUGUAAUAAGCAAGAAGAUUCUAGAUUCUGGAAUAAUUCCAUGCCUCACUUUAAGAAUAGUUGGCAACCAACAGCUCCAUUUAUAAUACCUUAUGGUCCUUCACCACCUCAGUUUACCACUCAUUUCAAUUUGCAGGAAACAAGUUCGUCGUCAUUUCAUUCACAUAUUUUCCAUUCCUCAAAUGUGGGACCAUUGAAAAACACCUAUGUUACCAUGAGCAGUUCAGCACCUGAUCAAAGUAACGGGUUUGUGAGUUGUUUUGAUACUCAUAAUAUGCAGACUGCCAGAAAUGGAUAUAAUAUGUCUGAUGGACAGAUGGUUAAUGGUUUCUGUGAAACCCAAGGAAGUUGGAAAGACCUUAAAAUGUGCCAGAAUGACGGAACCAGCAUUGUUUCUCAGCAGAUUCCCGAGACUAAAUUCUGUGAAUCUCAGAAGCUACUCUUCAUUUUAAGAGGCCUUCCAGGCUCAGGGAAGACAACAUUGUCUCAUAUUCUUCUUGGUAAGAGCCGGGAUGGCAUUGUAUUCAGUACCGAUGAUUAUUUUCGUCAGAAUAAUGGAUGCUGGUCAUAUAAUAUUGCUUUGCUUGGUGAUGCUCAUGACUGGAACCAGAAGAGAGCGAAGCAAGCGAUGGACCAUGGAAGAUCUCCAAUUAUAAUAGACAACACAAAUACACAAGCCUGGGAAAUGAAGCCUUAUGUGGAAGCGGCUCUAGAGAAAGGCUACCGAGUUGAGUUCCAUGAACCAGACACAUGGUGGAAGUUUAACCCUGAGGAAUUAGAAAAGAGGAACGAGCAUGGGGUCAGUCGUGAGAAGAUUGUACAAAUGUUGGAAAGAUAUGAAUAUCAAAUGUCAAUACCCAUUGUCAUGAAUUCAGUGUUACCUUUUCACAAAACUUCACAAAGGCCGCCACCGCCACCACAAAGAAGACAGAGGUGGGAAGGCUAUUCAGACUCUUGGAAUACUUUUAAUGUAUCAAAUUGCCGGUAACAUAAAUCUGGGUACACUAUAAGGACUAUAAUUCAGCACAGAAUUAAAAUAUUUAUGACUAUUGAAUUUGAUGGUUUUAAGCAUGAUUAACUAUAUGUUGAUUUUUUUUUGUCUAACUACUUAACUACUUUGCUUUGAGGCUAAAAUGUCUUAAUGCAAAUAAUUACUUUUUUGGAUAUUGUUCAUAAACAGUGUAAAUAUAUAAUAUUGAGACCAGCCAUUAAAUACUUUGAAAUUCUAUAUUUGUACUAAUCUUGGUUUUAAUUAAACCUUGUGAUUAUGCUUACAGCAUAUGGUUCAAACUGGUUUGUAACAUGAGGGUCUUAUUUACAUUGGAAAUUGCUGUGCAGUUUCUUUUAAGAAUUCUAGUUAGAAGACAAUACUUUUUAAAGAAGUCCCAUCAACCAAAAUAAUAACUUUAAUAUAGCCAGGGUCAUUGAAUCAUUGCUUCUUAGUGGUUUUGACAGCAACUUCAGUUCUAAUUAUUUCACCUACUGGUUCUUGUCUGUACAGUGUUGUUGCAAAAAGAGGUAAUCAAAACUCUAAAGCUAAAAUUUGUGACCAGUGCACCAGUUUAUACUUUUUAAGGAAUCUGCAGAAGUUCAGUAUUUACUGAGUUUUUAAUAUCAAGAUUUACAUUUUCAAAAUUUUUACACUGUUCUUUGCAUGAAAUUUGUUUUCAUGUAGAACAUGAUACAAGCUGACAAAUAUUCUGGGGUUGUAUGUUUUCUGUUAUACUGCUCUUGCUUUCACAGGCCCACACAUUGUUAUGGAGUUUACUUAAGAAAAAUUCCUGCUGUUUGAUUAAAAGUUUGGCAGUCUUCAAACUGGUGAAGCUAGAGCUUUAGCUGAAGGGUGGAGAAAAAGAAAAACCUCUUCUGAAAUUAAUCUGUGUCAACAGCAUUGGGCUGGAUUAGGGGUAGGCAAAUUCCCAAGGGUCAGUUUUGUGUCCCCAAGAGGUGCUACAACCUGAAACCAAAAGUUUCUGCAAUAUCAGUUUUCACUUUGGAAAACAGCUGGAGGUUGAGAGGUUGUAUCUUGUUUUGAUGGGUGUUAUUACUUACCUUUUAGCAUUUUUUUUCGGUCAUAAAGUGGCAGAGGAGGAGCUCAAGGCCCUCAAAAUUUACCAUGGGGCUAGCAUGAGGUUUUUGUUUCCCUAUAUCUCUAGGUUAAUUGGUAAAGUCUAUGAUGAUGAUUCACAGUAACUCUAUUUUUGUACGACAGAUCUUAGAUAUCGUCCUUAGGCAUAACUUCUUGUACCCUCUAAAGUGUUCUCCUGAAAGACAUCUUAUAAGGCAUUGAGGGUUGCAUGUUCAAAGGAAUUUUGCCUCUUGUUUUUUGCAUGUUCAAAGGAAUUCUGCCUCUUGUUUUUUGCAUGAGUAGAAGUGCUGCAGCACCUGUUUUGUUUUGCAGGAAAAAUAUUCAUUUAGAAUAUAUCUAUACACAUAUUUCAAAGUGAAAGGUUUCAAUGACAAAAUUUGGAGGAGCAAUUACUAAACGUAACACUUCUAAUCCAAGGAUAUUCAUACAAAAGAAAAAAAUUAUGAGGAAUAGUAACUUUCAUGUUUGUCCAGAUAUUUUAGGUGAGUGUGGAUCCACAACAAUGUCAACAUUUUGAUGGAGAAAAAAGUCACCUGUCUUAUCCAGGAUUAAAAUAUUUAAGCGUGGGCUUAAAGCUGUGGAGAUGGCUCUAUUUGUAUUUUACUUCUGACAAACUUCUACAAAUAUUUGUAUGUAUUUCCCCUUGUUGGCAAAGAUCAGUAGAGGGUUGCAAAGGAUGAUUUGUUGGUUUUGCACAUACAGAAAUCUGAUGAGAGAGGAAGAAUCAGAGCUAUUCAGAGUAAUAUCUUGAUCUUAACUAUAAGGCCUUGUACUGAGUCUCAUAUUUGACUCAGAUAUUCCUAAAAUAACAGCAUUGUCUUUUGAAAUGCACUUUUGUGUGGACAUUUUUUACAAGCCCCACUUCCUUUUUUGUUUUAGUUUUAAUAUUGAAGAUUUGUUCUAGUGUGGCUUUCUAUUCCCUGAUUUGUUUUAUUAAACAUAGAACUGAAAUCAUAUUAUAAUUCAGAAUCAAAAUCUGGAAUAAAUUCUGAAAGUUUAAUGUUUGUUGCCUUGUGUUUUUAAUUUAUGUUAUGGACUACGUGUAAAUACUUUUUCAUGGAAACUUGAUAUUAAAUCUAAAAUUUUGAAUGAUAUUUUGCAUCUUAGUUUGUUCACAAUAUUUUGCAGUCGUAUUAUUAGUAAUAGUAGUAGUAUUUAUACUCCACUUUUUCCCUGCCAAAGGAGACUCAAAACACUAACAUUAAAACCAUUAACAGUGUGUGAAUUAAAACCUAAUAUUAUAAACAUUAAAAUACAAUUGAACAUAUAAAUAUUAAAACUACAUAGUUACAACCAAUAAAACCAUUAAAUAAAGUAUUAAACUACAUAAAACAUAGCACUCCUGGUUGGUCUUAGAAACCUUCAUCUUUAAAAGCCUGCCUGAAAAGAUUCUAACCUGCUGCUGGAAGUCUUGCAAAUGUAUCUCAGUAUUGGAUUUCAGUAUUUUCAGUGUCUGAUAACUUCAGUAUCUUAAAAGAAUAUCUGUAACAUAUAACUUUUAAUUAUUGCAUCAGUAUUUAGUAAUUGUUGAGACAUAUUUUCACUUUGGUGGAACAAAAGGAUAGUAGGCUGAGGAGCUCUGUCUAUAGCUCAUGUCAGUGCAAUGUACUCGUGUGAAGAUGGGUCUUCCUUGCAAAAACGGUCAGGGUUUUUCAAGAAACACUUUAUAUUUUCUCGUUCUUGCAAGUGGAGAUCUGCGUUCUGAGAUCAUUGGUACAGAAAUGUUUUCUCAUUUUAAUAUUUCUCUUGUGUUGAUGCCAAAAAAGAUAGGAACAAGAACAAUUAUUAUUUUUUAGUAAAGAGGUUUAGCCCUAGGAAUCCCAUCACUCAUUUUACCCUUUUACCCUCAAGAUCCCUUCCUAGAUCGGAUACUCAGGAGUCAGGAUGUAAGUGGCUGUGUGAAUAAGUGGAUUCAAUAUGGUAAUAAUAAUAAUAAUAAUAAUAAUAAUAAUAAUAAUAAUAAUAAUAAUAAUACAUUUUAUUUCUUGCAUUCUUCUCUGCAAGAUUCUUGACAGGGUAUGACAGGGUUAAAAAAGCAAUAGAUAAAAUAUGAAUCUAUUUAAAACAAACUAUAAACACAUUAACAUAAGAUUAAAACAUUAAAAUCAAUCAUCUAUAAAAUACCAAUUUAAAAUUUAUAGGUUAAAAUUGACUGCGUAGGCCUGCUAGAAGAAAAAGGUCUUUAUGUUUUUUUUUAAUUCAUACAGCCAGUUUAGCUGUUGAACCUCUUUCUAGAAGAUCAUUCCACAGUUUAGGGGCUGCUAAUGAAUAGGUCCUCUGGCUGACAGUUGCCAGUUUGGUUCUGGGUGGUUGAAGUAAAUGUCCCCCUGAGGACCUGGCUGAAUGGAGCGGAUUGUAUGGGUGAAGGCAAUCCUCGAGGUAACACAGACCCCUUAGGCCUAUCCUAUGUCUUACAAGUUCAUGGUGUUUAGAAGUAGUGUUGUGUGGGGGAGGAAGAGGGGAUAGAUAGUAAGAGAAUGUAAAGCAAAGCGAUACCUAACAAUUGUGCAAUAUCCAUGCAAUGAAAUUGGAAAUUUACCAUAAUAUCUGUAUUCUCAACUACAACUAAUACAUGUAUUGUCAACAUUUGGCCAUAUAUAAAAUUCUUCCAAAGUUCAAUAAAUGAAACUAUUUGUGUUACAACAGAACUACAGUACACUGUAGUGCAACAAUAGGACUAAAUUAAGACAUAAUAAAAAAUGAAACACCUGUGGUUGCAUUUUUUUAUUUUUAUUUUUUGCAGAGCAAAUCAACUUGGCAAAUUUCUGCUCAACUGCUGCAGAGUCACUUCUCUAGGACAGUGGUUCCUAACCCUAAGAGCUUCCCAGGGGCCCCCUGGCAGCUCCAGAAAAAUAAAAUAAAAACUGAAUGAAAUUAAACAAAAAGUAGAAUCAAAAUAAGAAAUCAUUCUGAAUGGAAAUUUGCCAGUUUGAAUUUGCCACUUUUCUGCCCUUAAGGUUAACCCUUCAUUGCAUUUAAUGAGCUAUGAUUGGCUGGUUCCACUCACAAGUGGUGAAUGCUCUUUGCCUGCUGAGCUCUUUGAAGGCUUAGUAGCAGUGAGAGAAGUCAGAAUACCUGAUCUUUUGGGAAACAGUGGGACACAUAAAUUUCCUAAACGAAUGCAUUAUGAGGCAGGCUAUGUAAAUAGCAAAUGAUAGAGAACAAGUCUCAUAAUGUUUAAUUAAACAAAGGAAGAGGAUUAAAGGUUAAUUAUGUAUUAAGACAGAGCUUUCAUAGCUUACUACACACUGUUCUAUUGAGCUUUAUUUUAGUUUAAGCAAAUGCCCUACUAAAAGAUGCCAAAGGCAAUUAGGCUUAUGAAACAACUUUCAAAGUAUCCAAACCAGGCCUACAAAAGUUAAAAUGAGACAGAUCACAAAGUAGUAUCUCAAACAAACAGCUCCCUAAAGAAAUGAAGGUGUCCAAUGAAUCAGUUUAACACUGUGCAUGUAGUUACAGGGAGAUCACACUUGUUUGUCUGUCAAUGUGACUCAGAAAGAUGGGAUAUGAAAACAGUCUUACUGGUUUGCCUUAAGAGAUAAUUUAUUAGAACCCUUGUCCUAAACCAUUAGAACAGUGAUGGUUUACUGUGAGCUUCUACCAUGUUUCCCCGAAAAUAAGACCUCCCCUGAGGCGGGGGGGGUUAAGGAACCCCAGGAAAUACCAUAUAUGGGCAGAGAUGGCGACAGCUAGCGACCCGGGUGCAUAAACUCACAGAAACAUGUGACUUCUGGGAAAUCAUGUGUUUCUGAAGAAAUGAAAGCUAAAGAAAAACAAACAGAGCAUGCGUACGCAGGCGCUCUGAAAGAUUUGUGAGCACGGCACAAAAAGGGUGCAGCCGGCCUGCUAGUCAGCACCGAUUGGGCAGCGUCACAACUCUAAGCCAAUGAAUUUGCUUGUGGGCGGGCAUAACCCGAACCCUGUAGUGUGUAUAAAUGUUCACUCAGCAUGCCACUGGGCGGUUCCCCUGGAGAAGCACUUACUUUGUGCUAGGGGGACCCCUAGUGGCCAUUAGCGAAAUAAAACUGCUUUCUGGGAAAUUCCUUCAGUUGUCCGUCUUCAAAUUCCUCCACUGCGCCAACAAGAACCGUAGCACGAAGGUUCCGCUACAUUUUCUGGUGACCCCGACGUGAUUUUUUCCUAUAAGACGGGCCAGGAGAUUUGGAGACGGAUCCCGUUGGCGGGACGGCCUCAACUCAGCGGUGGGGGCCUGAGGCAACUACCGUGAGACGAGAAGGGGCCCCUGAAUACUACACGACCGGCUGCGGUGCUUGCCUCUGAAUGCCAACGCCGACUGACGGUGAGAGCUGCAACAUCAGCGAGGUUCCACAGAAACCGGCUAGGAGGAAAAGGAUCCAGGGGAAAAAGCCCAGGGGCGAAGGUGACGAGGUUCUGGUCAAGGAUUGGAAGAUUGAGCCAUUGGGACCCAAGUGGCGAGGACCCUAUGUUGUGCUCCUGUCUACCCCCACUGCAGUGAAGGUGAAGGAGAUUAAGCCGUGGAUACAUUACACCCGUGUAAAACUAGCACCUGAGGAGUGGCGGACGGAGCGAGUUCCUGGUGAGGACCUGAGACUCAGGAUCAUCCGGCAACUCCCUAAGGGGUCAACAAGGCCAUGAAGCUGAUCCCUUCGGGUGCAACGGAGCGUCGGUGGUCAAGUAUGUCGCAGCAUGGCCCAACAAAGGCGCUCUCCGGGAGAUGGUGGCUAGACAUUUUGAGAGGAAAAAGUGGGAGACAAGCUAUGAGGAGGGGAGGAAAGCGCACUGUGCUUGGUAUAUUAUUUGUGCUGAGUUUUAUUCUCUCUUUUGGAAAAAGAGCACAUGGGAAUUGGAUAAAAGAACAUGCCAAUUAUAUGUUUGAGCAGCACGGGAAAGAGGUAGCAUUAAUAUAUGAACACCCCCUCACCGUAGGAGAUUUUUCAUUUCUUCCCGAUUUAAUUGAUGAACCACAGAUUGUGUUGGAGGGAUUGUCCAAGGCUCAGGAGGGUCCACCUACCGUGUUUUCUAGCAUACCGCAAAGGAUAAAUAAAACUCGGUUUCGACGGUUUAGAUACCAUACCUCCACCAGGGGUUUGUGCUUCUGUUGUGGAGGAUCGGGAAUAUGGAAUUCUGAGUGGAAACACUGGGGAACUAGGCAGGCGUUCUUUUCCCGAUUAGGCAAUUAUUCCCAUUGUCGAGACCGGUUCUAUCUACAUGGACGAUUUAAUACAUCUUAUGUCUCACGAUUAAAUCUAACCGCAACCGAGUGGGCUAGCAUGUAUCCAGAUUAUCCCACAUUUAGUGUGAAUGAUUCUAUUGAGGGCCUAAAAUCUUAUAUGAACAUACUGCAACAAUUAACCCAACUGAGCCUAGGUAAAAGCCUCUGUCCGUUAUGGCAAAUUAGGGAUCCAAAUCUAUGGUUUUUCUUUGAUAAAUGGGCCACAAAUUAUCACCCCGGCAACUACCAGUGUGUCGGUGUGGGUUAUUUGACAUUCCCAGUUCAGGUCUUACACAAAGGGCAUCAGCGCCUGAAACGGGACAUUGUGCAAACAGGCCCUCUAGGACCAGAAUGCUCGGAUGAGGUCAUUAUCAACAAGGCCCUGUCAGGUUCAGAAGCCUCCCGUGUAGGAGGAGGCCUGAUCACAGGCUUGUUGACACUGGGUGCUUACCCAGGGAUUGUAGCUCAAGCAAACCGUAGAAGUGUUCUAGGCCUGACUUGCCGCCUUGAAAAGUCCAUAAAUGCCACUGGUAAAAUUUUCCGGGAAAUCCAGUCUGAAGUAGAAGAAAUCAGCCAGAUGGCCCUACAGCAUAAGUUGGCCCUUGACUACCUACUGGCGGCCAGGGGGGGGUUAUGCGCCAUGGUUAGAGGACGUUGUGUAGUGAAAUUUCAUAACUUGAAUAAUACUAUUGAAGAUGACAUCGAGUCAUUACAAAAGUUAAUUUACAAUAAUGUCCAGGAGAUAGAAGGUUGGUCUCCCUUCUCCUGGGUGACUAGCUGGUUACCCUCAAUAGAAUGGUUGAAGAACAUAUUGUUGGUAGGGAUUUUAGGAUUGUUCAUUGUUCUCAUAGUUAUGUGUUGCACUCCAAUAAUGAUGCAAAUGUGUACUAGGUGUGUCACACAAUCUUUACCUGAAAAAAAGAUAGCCAUACUCCAAGCCAAGCGGGAUUGGAUGGAACCAUAAUGCUUUGCUUCAGCUUUUGUACAUGCGCUUCGCAAAAAGAAAAUGGGGGAGUGAGGCGGGGGGGGUUAAGGAACCCCAGGAAAUACCAUAUAUGGGCAGAGAUGGCGACAGCUAGCGACCCGGGUGCAUAAACUCACAGAAACAUGUGACUUCUGGGAAAUCAUGUGUUUCUGAAGAAAUGAAAGCUAAAGAAAAACAAACAGAGCAUGCGUACGCAGGCGCUCUGAAAGAUUUGUGAGCACGGCACAAAAAGGGUGCAGCCGGCCUGCUAGUCAGCACCGAUUGGGCAGCGUCACAACUCUAAGCCAAUGAAUUUGCUUGUGGGCGGGCAUAACCCGAACCCUGUAGUGUGUAUAAAUGUUCACUCAGCAUGCCACUGGGCGGUUCCCCUGGAGAAGCACUUACUUUGUGCUAGGGGGACCCCUAGUGGCCAUUAGCGAAAUAAAACUGCUUUCUGGGAAAUUC